CAGUCAGGACACAGCAUGGACAUGAGGGUCCCCGCUCAGCUCCUGGGGCUCCUGCUGCUCUGGCUCCCAGGUGCCAGAUGUGACAUCCAGAUGACCCAGUCUCCAUCCUCCCUGUCUGCAUCUGUAGGAGACAGAGUCACCAUCACUUGCCGGGCCAGUCAGGGCAUUAGCAGUUAUUUAGCCUGGUAUCAGCAAAAACCAGGGAAAGCCCCUAAGCUCCUCAUCUAUUAUGCAUCCAGUUUGCAAAGUGGGGUCCCAUCAAGGUUCAGCGGCAGUGGAUCUGGGACGGAUUACACUCUCACCAUCAGCAGCCUGCAGCCUGAAGAUUUUGCAACUUAUUACUGUCAGCAGUAUAACAGUGACCCUCCCACAGUGUUACACACCCAAACAAAAACCCCCAGGGAAAGAGAUGUGUGAGGCUGGGCUGCCCCAGCUGCUCCUCCUGAUGUCUCCAACGGCUAAGAGUGUUCCUCAGAUGCAGCCACACUCUGAUGGUGUUGGUAGAGGGGGAUGUGAAGUCACCUCUGCAUCCCAAUUUCUUUUUCUUUCUCAGCACCAGGUGCACAGACAUAACAGUUCCUCUCCUGAUUUAAAAAAGGCAGGGAUCAUGACACCUGAGGAGUCUAGUUUAUGGCUUCACUUGGAAUUCAAGUAACAGAGAAGAAGCCACUAUAGAUAUUCUAAGCAGGAAUUGUCUUGAUACAGAGAAAUAGAGUAUAAACUAUGGAAGUCUAAAUAAAAAUAUAGAGAUGAAUCUCAAAUUUCAUGUUUUAUUUGCUAAGAAAUAUUUGCUAAAUGGGGCAUACAGAAAAACUCAAUGGUCUUCAAUAUGUUGAAAGAACAAAGAGAAGCUUAGAGUUUCAUGAAAAAAGGAAAAUGUUACCUAUUGCUCUUUGAGAAAGUUUAUUGGCUCCAGAAAGUUUUGGGAGCUGGCAAGCUCAGAAUGGUAAGCACUGAUGGACAAACUGAAUCCUAGAAUUAUGUUAAAUUAUUCAGAAGUUGGGGGUGAAUUUGAUUUCAGGUUACAAGAGGCCAAAGCAGUGAAGCUUGCAGAGAAUCUUGUUACUGAAAUGCCAGGGAUUUGGUGUAGAUCCUGCUGCUCACCACAUGUAAAACCAAUCACUAAGACAACAAGUAUUGCCAAGAAACAGGCUUUAAUCAGGUGCUGUAGCUGUGGAAAUGGGACCCCAUUCUCAAAUGUAUCUCCCUGACAAACUAAAAUUAGGGGGUUAUAUAGCAGGGAAGAAAUGUGGGCAAACAGGAAUUAGGGAGGGGUAAUGAAGUUAAUUUUGUCAACAGGAAGCAGAAGGUCAGUGAGGCAAUCACAAUGUGUGAAGGGUCUGACGUCUCACUGUCCUGAUUCAGUGAUAUGUAAGUUUCAGCUCUCUGAUAGUAUCUGGAGGCCUCUUGGUGGGUUUCCUGAAAAAAGAACUCAGAUAAGACAAAUGUAACUAUCUUGAGUUUUAAGACUGGGGAAGUCAAUUUCUAUGUUUAUUCAAAAAACCAUAAACAUUACUUCCAUGGGAUAAUAGGGCCUAUUUCAAUUGCAUUCUUCAGACAAUAUUUUACACCCUGAGUGUCUUUCCCUUCUGGUUUCUUGGCUCUGUUGGGUAUGUCAAGAAUGACCCAAUUCCUACAAUUAACGUUCACACUGUAACCUUUCAAAGCCAAGGAUAUAGUAGUCAUGAAAGCUGAUAUUAGAAGCAGGAUUCUCUGGUGCUCCCUCAGAAAACAGAAUCCAUCUGCCCCUAAAGUAUGGGCUAUCUAACCAUGUGGUCCUCAGUCCUGUCUGGAAGCUUAGGGGUGGGGGUGCUGAUGCUCUCAGCUUCCUACAACAUCUUUUCAGGUGUUUCUCCAGUCCUCAUCCCUGUCCCUGUGUCUGUCUUAGGUACCAAUGGAGAAUAUUGAGUCAUCCUUUUCUGACUUCCAAAUCUCAUGGAAGGACCUCUUAUUGGGCAACUCUAUAGGACAAAAGAGAGGCAAAAAGGGAUAUUUAUGUAAGUUAAAAUGAAUUUUCUCCCAUGAGGCCAUUUAAGUAUAUUAUAUUUAAAGCCAUGUGUUGAAAACACAUCCAGCUUCAGUUUCUUAUUAAUGCAAAUUUACAUUUGCAAAUAUUUUCAAUACUGUAAGUUGAAAUCAUAGUUAUUUGUCCAUGGAAUGAUAAAACACCUCUAUAAUUAAAUGGAGUGAACAUUUUCUUAAAAAUUUGUACUCACUGAAAUAAAGGAAUAUAUUUAAAAUGUGUGAAGCUAUGUUAGAAAUUAUUGGACUUAAACUCAACUGUGCAGUUUGGUUUGGGAUGUUGUUCACUCUUGUGACCUGCCAGAAGAAUCUUGAGUCAUGGGUAGUCACUGCUGUUCAGCCUUGUCCUAAGACAAUUAAUAUGUAUAGGCUGAAGACAAGCUCAGUGCCAUGCAGAGAAACCACUUACCUGAGCCCUUCCUUGAUCAGCCAGAUGAUUGUGAACAUGAGCAUCCAUGAAUAUGAAAACAAAUGUUUACUGUUAUCAGUCACUGAGUUGUGUAUUUAGCCAGUUACCAAUCAUUAACGCAUAAAAGCUUACUGAUACAGUAUUUACGCCUCUACCUAUAUAUACACACAUGUAUUUUUUCUUAAAUUGGUGGUAUAAAUGUGAAUAUUUAGUAAUCAAAUUAUAGUUAUUAAAAGAAAAUUAAUGACAAAAUUAAAACUAAUAUUUCAAUAAAAAAUUAAAAUAUACCUUAUUUGUGGAAAAAUGUGCAUAAAUGUAUUUAAGAUAUGUACAAGUAAAUAUAUAUUUAUUUGUUAAAAUGGCUACAAAUAUAUAUAGUAUUUAUGUUU